AUGUCGCUGCUGCUGGCAAUUGUUUAAUUAAGUAAACUUUAAUCUAUGUAAAAAGAGGAACGCUAUUGUGACAAAUCAGCCAACUAAAGGCUGAUUGACGUCAAUGAGGCGCAAUUAGUGCAACAAACAAAUAAAAUAUAACAACGGCAGCAACAACAAUGCAUUUCUCAAUACCAGAUACACAGGAGACAUAUGCUGAUGGCAACAACAGUGUGGGCGGCGCCUCGCCCACUUAUACAGUGUUCAAUAUCUACAUAAAUGGCAACUAUCAUUGUUGUUUGCGCUAUAAACAAUUGCAUGCGCUGCAUGAACAAUUGCGUAGACGUCGAGCUGACGCACCGCUUCCAACAUUUCCACCCAAAAAACUACUGCCGCUAAGCAGCAGCCAAAUAGAGACAAGACGCGCGGCGUUGGAGCACUAUCUGCAAAUAAUUGGACAGGAUGCGCGCAUAGCACGUUUGCCCUAUCUCCAGCAGUUCUUGCAGCGCGCUCAGCUGGACACAGCGCUGGCGGAGGGAAAUAUCAGCAGUGAGGAGCAACUGCAGCAGCUACAAGUGCAGGUCUACAGCGGCGGCGGUGGCAACGGCACCGGUGGGCAAUUGCUGGUCAAUUGUCAUGUGCAGCAGAAUGCCAGCUCACUGCUGCAGUGCGUUACACGUGCACUAGAUCUGCCCGAUGAGCUAACGCAAUAUUUUUGUCUCUAUCUCAUGCGCGAAGAAGAGGAUCAACAGCUGCUAUUGCGUCGCCUUAUGGACUUUGAGGCUCCAUUUAUAACACGCCUGCAUAUGCAGCCCUGCCAAUUGUUACUGCGCACCUGCUACUGGAAUGCGCGCUACGAUGCCAAGCUCUUGCCCAAUCAAGUGGCUCUUAAUUUGCUUUAUCAACAAACGCUUGCUGAUGUGUCACGUGAAUGGAUCAUCUGCGCGCCAGAGAUGCGGCAUGAGCUGCGCGCAAUACAGCUGCAAUCGGGUCCUUUGCCCUAUCUGGAGCUUGUGCGUCAGCUACCCUCCUAUGGCUGCUUGCAGUUUGGUACAGCACAAGUGGAUUAUCCACAGGCAGGAACCAAAGCGACGAUCAUCAUAGGCAAUGGCGAGCUAAGUCUACGCACGGACCGAGGUCCCAAGAUAUAUGAAACGAAAUUUCGUGUGCGCCGCAUGCGUUGUUGGCGCGUCAUUGCCAUGCAUAAUACAUUCGAGUCGCGGGAUCAGCCCUCGCAGCUACAGCUGAGCUUUGAGUAUCUGAUGAACAAGCAAACGCUGCGUUGGAUUACAAUUUCCAGUGACCAGGCCAUGGUCAUGUCUGUCUCACUGCAGGCCAUGGUGGAUGAGUUGCUGCUUAGUGAAAAGGAAUGCGAACGGGAACAGCAGUCAGAGUCGGAGGCAAGCACUUCUACUGGCAUCUCUGAAUCCAGCUCCUCCACGCCCAGCACUAAUUCAGCCACUAGCAGCUCUUCCUCAGCGCUGCAUCACAGCACGCCGCCUGUUAAAUUUUUAGCUCAAUGCUCCAAGCAGCAACAUAAGCUAACCACGGCACGUACCUUUGCGGCUGUUUUCUUCCGCAACGAUGAGACUGCAGCUGCCUCGGUGCGCAACGAAGCGUUCGAGGGCAUUGGCGACGAUGAUCUGUAAACUGUAUGUAAAAACCAUCCAAGGUGUUUUCUUUGAAUGCCUGGCUCAAAGCAUCAUUAAUUAAUGAAAUUGUAAAGUGUUCCCUAAGCUAAAUACUAGAUGUCUCGCUCAAGUGCUGUAAAUGAAUCAUUCAUUCGUGAAUCAUUGUCAAUUUUCAAGAAUCUAUUACCAAUUUAAGAAAUUCUAAUGAAAUCUAGACAAUUUU